GCGGUGCGAGCCCGCAGCAGGCAUGGCGUGCGACAAGUGGGUGGUCAUCAAGGUGCUGGAGGUGGCGCUGUGCGUGACCUGCAUGGUGUACAAGAGGUUCGGAGACCUGGAGGAGCUGCGCCAGGAGCGCCUGUUCCCCGACACCAACUACCUGACGAGGAUCGCGCUCAGCGAGGACGGCUCCAUCUUCGCCGACAUCGCGUACGGCGGCUACGCCAUCAUCUGCCUGGGGCUGCUCAUCGGCCACGUGACCUCCGGGCUGACCAGCGCGCCGAUGGAGAACUUCCUGCUGGGGCUUGGAGUACUGAUGCUAGCGGCGGCCAGCAGCGUGGUGUUCGGGUCGCUGGAGACGACGCUGCCCGAGCUCCAGGUGUACUCGGCAGUGCUGGGGUCGCUGUCGCUCCUCACGGCGCUGCUGAUGGUGCUGGACAUUCUGACGGGGUCGCGCAGGCGCAAGGCCUACAGGGCCGCUGCCAAGCGCGCUCUGCUGCCCGCCAAGUCCACGCAGACCGACGUGGGGCAGAUCGUGUACGAGGCCACCAGGAGCGUGGACCUGCUGGGGCCGGCGCACCGGGUGUCCAAUGGCCACGCGCCAGUGCUGCAGGACGACCAGCCCGGCACCAAAAAUGGGUCGGCGAAGGGGCGCAGCUCCCCGGCUCGCGAGAACGGUCACGUGACCUCGGGGGACGCUCUGCACGACGAGGACUACGACAGGAGCACCUCGCCGCCUCCGGCCUUCAGCUCCAGGUCGAGGACACAGGACUCCAUCCUGGCCCAGCUCAGGUCCUCCAUGAAAGGUUCGAGUCGCGAUCUAGAGGAGCCCACAUUCAAGAAGUACUCGCCCAAACCGACGUCCGCUCAGCGACGGAGGGAACAAGACAUCAGCAGCAGAAGCGACCAUCCGCCGCAGCUCGCCAGCUCGGGCGACGAGGCCGACGACGUCACCCGGGUGCCGACGGUGUCCUUCAGGGAGCGCAAGAGGCCCGGCGCGGUGCAACUGCUGCCCAUGACGCCGGUGGACCCGCCCCGCCUGCGGCCGACCCAGCGACCCGCCGACCCAGAAGAGGAGCCGCCGAGGACCAUCGUCAUGGAGAUCCCCGACGAGCUGGGGCGCGAGAUUGAGGCCGCGUACGCGGUGCUGGACAAGGGCCUGGCGAGGGGCGAGCGGGAGGGCAGCAAGAGGUCGCUGUACAGGACGAGCGCGUACCUCAGCCUGGACCCCGCCGACGACGGCGGGGAGGCGCACAAGAACGGGCAGUACGCGCAGGACAUGCGGGAGCUGGAGGAGGCCGUCACGGGCAGGCAGUGGCAGAGGUUUGGCAGCGGCAGGCACUCCCCGCUGAUGGGCCCGGGGAAGGACGGGGCCUUGCCCAGGGACAUCACCCAGGAGGUGGAGGCCGCGUUGGCGGAGCGUGACAGGCAGCUCUCCGGCGGCAAACGGGGGCUGCUCUCGUCCUCCAGGAAGCCCCCGGCCGGCAGGGCGGAGCUCGGCAAGCGGCAGCGCACCGUGGAGUUCGCCGACCCGCCGUCGCCCGACUCCGACAGCGACCACUGGCGCUACGACAGCAGGGACGCGAACCUGUCGCGCAGCAGCUCGCGGCUCGACGAUAGGACGUCGCCGUCUUCUCCCCAGGACCCAGGGUUCGUGAUGCACACGGCCUACAACUGGCCCGACGCCAGCGCCAAGACGCCCGUCCAGACACCGCAGCCGUCCUCCGACGAGAACGAGCAGGGGCUGCAGGGGGCGAGGUCCCCGGCGAGGGGUCGCGGGCGGUCCCUGCUGGUGCGCAAGGACUCCGGGCCACCUGCCGUGGUGAGGCUGGGUCCGCCCCCGUCCCACGACGACCUAGAGGAAGACGACGUGCCCGGCGGGGGGUCGCUGACCGCACAGCUGCUGCAGCGGUGGUUCCGGCAGAAGCAGCGCGUCGCCAAGACCAAGUCUGGGCCUUGAGCCCUCCAUUACGGGCUCUUCGCUCAGCGACACACUUCACGACAUUACAGGGCCAGGACACUUGUAGUCGUUGACCAAGGCUGCAGCUGUCCGCGAGUCUGAUGGGGCCUUCACCACGCUGUCCAACACCAGCACUCUGCCCUUGUCACAUAGUUAGGCUCCACCCACUUACUCCAUGACAUCACAGUUCCAGCUGCCAGGCAAAAUGUCUAUACUCGCUAUACGCAAUAUCAGGCCGAGAUCUACUACCUCUUCCAAGUAGCAUUUUAUUUCCGUGGUCUGAGUAAAUUGCAAUAAAGAAGGUAAUUACAAAUAAAUGCUUUUGCUGUCAACACUACUCUUUACUAAGUAACAGCCCGGGUAGGCAGACACAAGAGGUGCCUCAUCGGCUACAGUCUGCUAAUGGUUAACUAACACCAGACUGUAAAAAGGUUAUUAAUUCUCUGUGGUUCCAAAUACUUUUGAUAAACAAUUCAAAUGAUGUAGCAAAAACAACUGAACAUCGCAUAUUGUUCCGGGGCUAAUCACAAGGACUGAAGUAGGGCAUGCUCGACUGCUCAAUCUGCAGCUCUGCCACCACUUGAAAGGCUCGCGGAAACAUUCGAGAAUUUGUGUAUUUAAAUUUGACUUGAGGCAUGUACUUUGUAAAUUUAGUCUAGCAUAUUUUACAAUUUCCAUUAUUGAAUUAUAACUCAGUUCACUUCAAAGAAAUCAUUAAUAUAGGCUAUACACACAAUAUUUAAAUUCAAUAACACACCGAGUUUUAAUAUUUAGUAUUUUAAUGAAAUAAGCUACUAUUUUGAUAAUGUCAAAUAACUUAUCAGUGCAUGAAUAGGCCACAUAUUGACCUGUGUGCAAAAUUAGUAAGUCACUUAAUAAUAACAGUAUUACCUACCUUUACAUUUGUUAGAUCCUGUGUUGCCAGGUACCAUACAUACCAUCAAUUUAAAGAAUCUUUUAACCUUUAUAAACAUACCAAAGCUAUGCCAAAGCACCUAAAACACAGAAUUGUUUUGCAUAAUUGCAUGUAGAAUACUUAUGUAGAUUCUAAUUUUUUGUUGUAACAUUACCAAAUUAUUUCUAAUAUAGGAUACAUUAAUGUUGAGUAAAGGAGUACAUAAAGCCAAAGUAUUUCAUAAAUAUGUAAUACAAAAGAGAUUUUCAAUUUAUAAGUAUUUUUUAAUUUUUUUUAAAAUUUUAAUUAUACAUUAAAAAAAAUGGUUGUGUAAUACUUGUUAUUUUUAUAUAAUUUUAUGGAUUCUUUAUUCUGCGAGUUCUUAAGUAUGUACAACUAGAACCUGACUUAUAUAAUUACUACAAACUGUAACUAAAUCAAUAAAUGUUUUAUAUAUCUUGGCUAAA